GGGUACAUUCGGUCUUUUCAAUCUAUGCCCCCAAUUGGCCGAGAAUUGGGAAGCACGGGGGCACCAAUCGCCAUGGACGGUGAGUCAUGAAUUCCAUAUGGUUGGCGAAGCCAAUUGCAGUCCUUACAGUCACCUUAGUUACAACCUUUCUGUUCUUACUGUUCUCACAGCCAUACCCAUCAUCGUCUCGAAAGUCAGAGGAAAUGGCACGAAGCUUUGUCCUAUGGCUUCAUGGGUUGGGUGACUCCGGCCCUGCCAACGAACCCAUCAAGACCCUCUUCACUUCUCCUCAGUUUAGAAACACAGUCUGGUCUUUCCCUUCUGCCCCUCUAAGCCCUGUCACCUGCAAUUAUGGUGCUGUGAUGCCUUCAUGGUUCGACAUACAUGAGAUACCUGUGACAACUGAUUCUCCAAAAGAUGAGAGCAGUCUGCUUAAAGCAGUUCAAAACGUGCAUACAAUGAUAGACAAGGAGCUAGCUGCUGGCACAAAUCCUAACAACGUAUUUGUAUGUGGAUUUAGUCAAGGAGGUGCCUUGACCUUAGCAAGUGUUUUGUUGUACCCUAGAACUCUAGGAGGAGGUGCAGUCUUCAGCGGAUGGGUUCCUUUUAAUGAUUCCAUAUUAGAACGAAUUUCACCAGAUGCAAAGAGGACACCUAUCUUGUGGUCUCAUGGUAUGGAUGACAAAACAGUAUUGUUUGAAGCUGGACAAGCAGGUCCACCUUUCCUUGAACAAGCUGGCAUGAGCUGUGAGUUCAAGGCUUAUCCUGGUCUUGGCCAUUCAAUAAACAACGAGGAGCUGCGUAACCUGGAAUCAUGGAUCAAGACGCGACUGGGGAGUUCUUCCUGAAGGGAGUGCAAUGCAACUGCCAUGUGGUUAUUGUCAUAGUUCCUGUGUUUCGAUUACUGUUUAGUCGUUAUGCAUGAAAAAAAAAUUAUGUUGGUGUUCCUUUGUCAUUAAAUAUAUUAUAUGCUGCAUUUUUAUGGUCCGCAUAUUUUGAUUUUGUUUACUUUUGUCUA